AUGGCGAGCCCGGAGCAGGGGAAUCAAACGGCCGUCAUGGAAUUCGUCCUGCUGGGGUUCGGGGAUCUCCCGGAGCUGCAGCCCCUCCUCUUCCUGCUGUUUCUCGCCAUCUACCUGGCGACUGUGGCCGGGAACCUCCUCAUCGUAGUUCUCGUCGUGUCCGACCAGCAUCUCCACACCCCCAUGUACUUCUUCCUGGGGAACCUGUCCUGCCUGGAGACCUGCUACUCCUCCACCAUCCUGCCCCGGCUGCUGGCCGGGCUCCUGACGGGCGACAGGACCGUCUCCAUCCCAGCCUGCCUCACGCAAUAUUAUUUCUUUGGUUUCCUGGCUGUUGAAGAGUGUUACCUCCUGGCGGUGAUGUCCUACGACCGGUAUGUAGCCAUCUGCAAGCCGCUGCACUACGCCGCCCGUAUGAACGGCAGGUCCUGCCUCCAGCUGGCAGCGGGCACGUGGCUCGGCAGCUCUCUGGUGGCCGACAUAACCAUAUAUUUAAUGCAACAACUAACUUUCUGCGGCCCCCAUGAAAUUGACCAUUUCUUCUGCGACUUCAUCCCGGUGGUGAAACUCUCCUGCGGGGACACCCGGAGGAUGGAGUUUGUCACCACCCUGCUGGCCGCUGUGUGCACUCUCCCGCCGUUUCUAUUGACCCUGGCAACCUAUGUCUGCAUCAUCUCCACCAUCCUGCGCAUGCCGUCCACCACCGGGAAGAGAAAGGCCUUUUCCACCUGCUCCUCCCACCUCACCAUGGUGUCCGUUUUCUAUGGGACCCUGAUGGUUGUCUACAUGCUCCCCCAAACCGACACCCUGCGAGCCCUGAACAAAGUGUUCUCCGUCUUCUACACCGUCCUGACCCCUCUGGCCAACCCGCUCAUCUACAGCCUGCGCAACACGGAGGUCAGAGAGGCCCUGGGGAAAGUUCUCACAAAGUUCUCGGCUGGCAGAAGGGCUCAGACCUUCCUGCUGUAG